CAGAGGGCUACUAAGCAUGGUCAUCAUUUUAUUAAAUGUCACUUGUACGUGUUUGAAAGUUAUAUUUAGUUUUAUAUGACUGAAUAGAAGGAACAAAAUGACGAAACUUUUUCAGUGGUUAAUUGGUCUAUGUUUAUUUCUUGCCAUUUGGUUACCUUUAAUAAAGAGAAGUACUGAUAUAUUUCAAGCAUAUCAGCUUCAUAUAUGGUUGAUCCCUGUAUAUUGUUUAGCAUUAUUUGGAUUUGCAUCAUUAGGAAUCAUCAUUCAUAGAGUAUACACUUUUAACGAUUGUCCAAAUGCUGCGGCAGAAUUAAAACAGGAAAUAAAUGAAGCCAGAGAAGAUCUCAAAAAAAGAGGAUUCAUGUUUGAUGGAUAAAUAUUGUAAUGAUUCAAGGAAAAAAAAAUCCAUUCCAAAAUUUGUUAUAAAUCCAGUUUUUAAUAAAAUUGAAUAAAAAUUACAUAA